AUGGUUGUUCCUCGAGAUGACACCGGCUUCAAAAUUUUUAGAUAUGAUCCAUCGACUGCGGCAGCCGUCAUAUUCACCCUUCUCUUCGCCUCGACAACCUUCCUGCAUUUCUACCAGAUUGUGAGGACGAGGACUUGGUACUUCAUCGUCUUCUUCAUUGGCGGUCUAUGCGAAACACUCGGUUAUAUCGGUCGAAUUGUCUCAUCUACGCAAACGCCGAAUUGGACACUGGGGCCGUACAUUAUCAACAGCGUCCUGACGCUUGUCGCUCCAACCCUCUUCGCAGCUUCGAUAUAUAUGGAACUCGGUCGUAUCGUCGAGCUCGUCGACGGCGAUGUUUACCUCUUCGUCAAGCGCAGGUGGCUCACUGCGACGUUCGUUUCUGGCGAUAUCCUUUCGUUCUUUAUGCAAGGCGCGGGUGGCGGGUUGAUGGCAAGCCAGAACCAAAGCAGCCGCGACACAGGCUCGAACGUGAUCGUCGGUGGUUUGUUUAUCCAGAUCAUAUUCUUCAGCGUUUUCGUCUUGGCAGCUUGGCUGUUCCACAGUCGAAUGAACAGAGGUCCGACCAACCGCUCUCUUUCGGUCCCAUGGAAGAAGCAUAUGAGGGCCCUGUACAUCGUCAGCGCGCUUAUCCUCGUUCGAUCCAUCUUCAGAGUUGUCGAGUUCAUCCAGGGCUUCGAUGGUUACCUGAUCCGGCACGAAGUUUAUAUCUAUAUUUUCGACGCCGCCCUCAUGUUCAUAGCCAUGGUGUACAUGAAUUGGGUGCAUCCAAGCGAAAUUCAGAUGCUCAUGAGAGGUGGGAAGUCCGUGAAGUGGUUCAAACUGCAGGAAAUACGCGCUUAG